AUGAGCCCAUCAGGUUGGAACCACAGAUCUAUCCACAAAUUCAAUCACAACUCCAACCCCAUCUCUUCCAACCACAGCUCCAGCCUCAGCCCCCUCAACCACGACUGCAGCCACAACCCCCUCAACCUCGACUCCAGCCGCAACCCCCACAACCGCAACUACAACCACAACCCCCUCAACCGCAACUACAACUGCAACCCCCACAACCGGGACUCCAGCCACAACCCCCUCAACCACGAGUACAACCGCAACCCCCUCAACCGUGACUACAGCCACAACUCUUUCAACCGUGACUACAGCCACAACCCCCACCACUGUGACUACAGCCACAACUCCCUCAACCAUGACUACAGCCACAAACCCCUCAACCUCGACUCCAGCCACAAACCCCUCAACCGUGACUACAGCCACAACCCCCUCAACCACGACUACAAUCGCAACCCCCUCAACCGUGACUCCAGCCACAAACCCCUCAACCGUGACUACAGCCACAACCCCCUCAACCGCGACUACAAUUGCAACCCCCUCAACUGUGACUACAGCCACAACUCCUUCAACCAUGACUACAGCCACAACCCCCACCACUGUGACUACAGCCACAACUCCCUCAACCGUGACUACAGCCACAUCGCCCUCAACCGUGACUACAACCACAACCCCCACCACUCCACAAUCCCCUCAAUCACGAAUACAACUGCAACCCCUUCAACUGCGACUCCGUCUACAACUCCUUCAACCUCAACUGUUACAACUGCCUCAAAAAUUACUACUUCCAAAAGUCUACUGUCUACAAGCAACCCAAGUUCUGGUCCCGCAGGUCCCACCAGUCUUUGCCAAAACACGUCUUGUGAAAGUGAUUCUUCUUGUAUUGUUCUGCGUAAUAGCUAUUUUUGCCUGUGUUCGGAAGGCUAUUACUAUAACGUUUCUACAUGUAUGGAAGGAAAAGUAUUCCCUGGCAUCAUUAAAGUGACAGAAUCAGUAACAUCUCAGUUGGGAGAUAAAAAUUCUGUGGCCUAUGAAAAUUUACAUAAAAAAGUUAUUAAAUUUUUUCAAGAUGCAUUUAGCAUUUCCACUGCUAACGCUGAUUAUGGGCAGACUGUAAUUAUUAAAGUCAGCACAUCUCCUUCAGCAAGAUCUGGAAUGCGUGCUGACCAGGCUGUUGAUGUUUCAGUAGCAAACAUUUUUGAUAAAACUACAAAGAAAAUGCAAGGUCGGUGUGAUUAUUACGGUUGUAAAAACACUACUAAAGAUGACUGCGGCAGUUUACAAUGUGAAUGUAAAGAUGGGUUCAAAAGACCUAACCCACAGGUCCCUUUCUGUUUUGCCCUCCAAGCAAACUGCCCUGUUGACUGCACUGAAAAGAACAACAAGCAAUGCUUACUGAAGGAUGACAGUGGGGCCUCUGAGUGUGUGUGCCUGCCAGGCUACCAGGACAAGGAUGGGACCUGUGAAACGUGUCCAUUUGGCUACAGUGGAGCCAACUGUGAAGACCAAUUUCAGCUGAUCCUCACCAUUGUGGGCACCAUUGCUGGCAUCCUCAUUCUUGGCCUGGUAAUUGUACUGAUCGUCUUAUCAAGAUCAAAGAAAAAGAAGAAUAUUGAAGAACAGAAUUUGAUUGAGGAGGACUUUCAAAAUCUGAGACUGACACAGACAGGAUUCACCAACCUGGGAGCAGAUGGGAGCAUCUUCCCUAAAGUCAGGACCGUGGCCUCCAGAGACAGUCAGCCACAAAAUCCUUAUGUAAAUCCGAGAGUGUUCGCUCUCCUCUCCUCCUGA